CGGUGAAAGUGAUCCGACGCGAACGGUUGGUAGAGUGCGCGCGCGGGGUUUGUGUGUUCCUCCUGGAACAUGAUUCCAGUCCGGUCAGUUUCGCUUUCAUUGUUGACGUGUCGCUGAUUGACAUCGCCGAGUUUUUUUUUUUCGAGGUUCGCGAGUGACAAGUGGCCUUCAGCUGUCCGCACCUUGCCUGGCCGGACUUAUCAUGACAGGCGGCCGGUAGCCAGCAUGGACUCCCGCAUCGGCCUCGACUACAUCGUCGACAACCCGGAGUACAUCGCCAAGCUCGCCUCAGCCCUCGACACCAGCAAUGUGACGGUGAAGAAGCAGGUCCUGGAGCUGCUGUCGGCGCUAUGCGUCUACAACGCGGACGGCCACGCCAGAGCUCUGGAGACCCUCGAGCACUACAAGGAGCUGAAGGGCGCGCGCUACCGCCUGCUCGUGGUGGUGUCCGAGCUGCGGGCAGCCUCGGCGGUGGACUACCAGACGGCGCUGGUCGCCUUCGUCAACUGCCUCAUCAUCUCCACGCCGCAGCUCAAGGACCGCAUCCGCAUCCGCAAUGAGUUCAUCGGUCUCAAGCUGCUGCCGGUGCUGGGGGAGCUCAGGAGGAGCGCGGCGGGCGCGCCGGACCUCGCAGUGCAGUUGGACGUGUUCGACGAGCAGCGAGAGAGCGACGAGGCGCAGAUCCUUCAAGGCCCGCACGGGGUGGACCUCAGCUCCCACCUCGACGUCUUCUACGCCAUCCUCAGACAGGUGUCGGACACGCCGCAGGAGAUCCCCUUCCUCAGCAUCCUGCAGCACCUGCUGCGCAUCGACCCCAAGGAGGCGGUGAGCGACGUGGUGUGGGACACGGCGGAGACCCUGGUGCACCGCGCCACGCUGCUGGAGUCGCGCCAGGACGCCAGCCGCCUGCUGCGCUCCCCCUCGCAGACCAAGCUGUGCUGCCCCUGCGCGUGCCACCAGGCGGGCCCGCGCAAGCAGUCCCUGGGCGCCGCGCUGCCUGCCCCUCCGGCCCCGCCGCCGCCUCCCCCUCCGCCCCUGGGCGGCCCCCCGGCCCCUCCCGCCCCGCCGCCGCCCCCGGGAGCCAUGGGCGGGCCCCCGCGGCCCCCGCCCCUGCUCGCCGCCCCCGCGCCGCCCCCGCCCGCCUGCAGCCCCGAGCCGCCCGAGCCGCCCAGCUCGCUGCUGCCCCAGCAGGACACGCCCACCCCGCGCGCCAAGAUGAAGACCAUCAACUGGAACAAGAUCCCCAACCACAAGGUGGUGGGCAAGCACAACAUCUGGUCGCUGGUGGCGCGCAGCCACGAGCACUCGCCCAUGGCGGACCUGGACUGGGCCGAGAUGGAGGGGCUGUUCUGCCAGCAGGCGCCCGCCGUGCCCCAGGCGCAGUCGUCGCCGCGCCUGGGCCGCGACGCCUCGGACCCCGACCGCCGGCGCAGGGAGUCCUCCGAGAUUGUUUUGCUGGAUGGCAAGAGAAGUCUCAAUGUGAACAUAUUCCUCAAACAAUUCAGGAGCUGCAACGAGGACAUCAUCCAGCUGAUCCGGGAGGGCGCGCACGACGACAUCGGCGCGGAGAAGCUGCGCGGGCUGCUCAAGAUCCUGCCCGAGGUGGACGAGCUGGAGAUGCUGAGGGCCUUCGACGGGGACCGCAGCAAGCUGGGCAACGCCGAGCGCUUCCUGCAGCAGCUCAUCCAGGUGCCCAACUACAAGCUGCGCAUCGAGAGCAUGCUGCUGCAGGAGGAGUUCGCAGCCAACAUGGGCUACCUGGAGCCCAGCAUCAGCGCCAUGAUCAUGGCGGGCGAAGACCUGAUGACCAACAAGCACCUGCAGGAAGUCCUCUACAUGAUCGUGGUCGCGGGGAACUUCCUCAACUCGGGUGGCUACGCUGGCAAUGCAGCAGGCAUCAAGCUCAGCUCCUUGCAGAAGCUGACCGACAUACGUGCGAACAAGCCCGGCAUGAACCUCAUCCAUUACGUUGCUCUGCAAGCAGAAAAGAAGCGGAAAGACCUGCUGCAGUUUCCCGACGAGAUGCCGGCGCUCGAAGAAGCUACGAAAACAACCGUGGAACAAUUGCAGAACGAGAUAAACACGCUCGACUCUAGAAUAAAGAAGAUAAAGAAGCAGAUUGAACUGCCAUCAACAGAGAAGGACAUCAAAGCCCAAAUGGAGGAGUUCUUGCAGAUGGCGGAGCAGGAGGUGGCAGCCCUGCAGCGGGACAUGCAGGAGCUGGAGGCGGUGCGCCGGCUGCUCGCCGACUUCUUCUGCGAGGACGCGGCGGCCUUCAAGCUGGAGGAGUGCCUGCGCGUGUUCCACGGCCUGUGCGUCAAGUUCCGGCAGGCGGUGGCCGAGAACGAGCGUCGCCGCGCCCAGGAGGAGCAGGCCGGCGCGCGGCGGCGCCAGCGCGAGGAGCAGCUGGCGGCCAAGCGACGCCAGCUGAGCGGUCAGCUCGGGCCAAACGGCUCGGAGUCCGACACAAACAUCGUGGACUCGUUGCUCAGUGACAUCCGCGCUGGGUUCACCCAAGGGAAGACUCCGGAGAAGGGCCGCAAGGUUGCCAACGGCAGCUGCAUGACGUCCGAGGAGGACGUGUCCAUCACCAGCUCGCCCAUCGUCUCCCGGCGCAGGAUGGGCUCCUUCUCGGGCCCCACUGGCGACCAGACUGCUCCGAGGGACGAGGCGUACUCACCAGACGUGACGCCCAAUGGGAGCCUGCGCCGUCGAAGAAGCAGGGUCCUGUCGGAGGAGGACGACUCCAAUCUGAUGGACUUCCUGCGCGCGUCCGGCCACGACAACAGCAGGGAGCGCAAGUCCUGGGGAAGUCUCGACCGCUCGUGGGCGCGCCGUGCGCGAGGCAGCGGCGGGCGCAAGAGACCGGAGCUGCUCAGCGCAGACUUCUCCGGGGAGAGGGAGCGGCCCAGCUCUCCGUCGCCAUUGGCCGAGAGCAAGCCACUGCUGCCCGCCACUCCCGAGCCGGAGAGCAAGCCCAAGGCGUGGCGACAGAAGAUAGAGGCGUGGCUGCAGGAGAACGAGAAGGAGGAGAAGCAGAGCGAAGAGCUGCGGCGGAGGUCUCGUCGGGUCCAGAGCAACAGGCGCUCGCUCGAGCAUGAUUCAGAGAGCGAAGGCCGGGGCAGCACCUUGGACACUCUGCCCGAGGAGAGAGUGGAGAAGUCCGUGUCGCAGGCGCCGGCCACCUGCGCGCAGUACAAGCGCGUGUAUUCUGACUGGAGGCCCACCAUCGAGAAGACAGACGUGGCUGGCGUCAUGGAGGCUAUCGAAGGUGCGCAGCCCCACACGCCCGUCAAGGACAAGUCUCCGUGGCGCAAGUCCAACCUGAACGUCCCCAACAGCACGGAGGAGACGGAGAUGGACGUGCGUCGUCUGCGCAGGAUGCAGUCCCGAGGCAGCGUGGAAGUCCCGCCGGCCUCCGGCUCCUUGCAGUCCAUAAGGGAGGAGGACAAGCGCAAGGGGAUGAUCGGCACGCUGGGCAAGCCACUGCCGACCCAAGAGCGACUCACGCUGUACCUGCGCCAGCCGUCGGAGCAGAGCGAGCCGGCGCCGCCGAGGCAGCAGCGCCAGCGUAGCACGGAGCUGUCGGACGGCAGCCCGCUGCUGUCGCGCACGCAGCUGCUCAGCAAGUACCGCCACUCCGCGGACACGGCGGGCGACCUGCUCAGGUCCCUCGUCGCGGACAAGCCCGCGGAGGAGGAGACGCGGCCGCCCGUGCCCCGUCGCCUGCACCGGGGCCGCGAGGAGCCGGCCAGCAUCAGCGACAAGGUGGAGAUCGACUCGGACAACAUAGAGACGCCCCCGGCCACGCGCAGGAACCUGCGCGAGGACUCGGCGCGCGGCAGGCCCGGCGCCACGGACUCCGCCCCCGGGAAGACGGAGGACAAGCAGCGCAGACACGGGGACGAGGAGGAGACCCUGGGCGACGGCCAGUUCGACCGGUUCUCGUCGGCGAGGCGGACCAGGCGCUACAAGAAGAACCAGGACAGCUCGGACCGGGAGUCCCACGGCGAGGAGUCGCCCGCCCGGCGAGCGGAGGUGGUCUCGCCGGAGCUGGUGUCGGAGAAGCAGGUGCUGCGACCCGCCGCGACUCACCGCGUGCAGUCGCACCCCGUCGCCGAGGACAAGGAGUCGCGCUUGAGGAAGUGGCAGGAUCGCCUGAAGUACCGGGGACCGCCCGGGGACGAGAGAGACAGCGUGACGGAGGAGGCGGUGGCCCACAUUGCCAGUGCGGGAGAGGAACUGCAGAACUUGGGGAAGACGACUCCACGGGUGCGAGACAGGGAGAGGGUGCGCAGCAUGAUCGACCCACGGCAAGUAGAAGAAGCCAAGCAGCUGGAGAGAAACAGGAGCUUCUCCCGUCGAGUGGAAAACAACUCCAUCGAAGAGACUCCUACCACCACCAUCACCGUAGGGGAAGAAAAACCUCUGGGCAAAUCUCGCCUGAAAAGCGAGUUCAUCCCCGAGAUCAGAAUACAGAGCUCAACUCCCGGCCACGGCAAGCUCAAUCGAAGUGAACACGAACUGAACGACGAGGGUUUCGAGGAGACCCAGAGUCUCGUAUCGGAGACGCCGAGCCAGGGCACGUCCUCCGGCGACGUGACGGACUCUGCUCGCAGGCGAGCCGGGUGGUUGAAGCGGGCCGACAGCAGCGGAAGCGGGGACACGAGCAGCGGAACGGUGCCCGUGACGCAGGCGUCACCCGCGUCCAAGCCCGGCGGCGCGCCAGCGAGCAAGACGGUGCCGGCUCGCAGGAGCAUACCGGAGAGGUCCAACUCCACGAGGUCUGCCGGCAGGAGCUCCCUGGUGCACCGCUCGGCCAGCCUCAGGAAGACGGACUCCCAGUCCAGCGUCGGCAGCGGCGUGACGUCGGUGCCGAAGAGGAGGUUCGGGAGCGGCGUGGAGCGCUCCAACUCGAGGACCAGCCUGCGCAGCUCGCGCAGUUCCCUCAACAGCUCUACGUCGGUCAGCACGGUGAAGAACGCGCCUCCUCCGGCCUCGGGCCGCUCCGGCGCGGGGAGCCUCAAGGGCAGCAGCCGGCUGACGGGGUACACGUCGGCCAUCAAGUCCCUCACCUCGAACCUGGCCCGGGAGCCGGCGGGCAAGUUCGGCUACCAGCGAGCGCCCGCCAAGAAGCCGCUGGUGCAGGUGCAGCCCAAGUCCCCGAGCGGGCAGAAGUCCGUGCCGGCGUCGCGCAGCUCCAGCAGCGGCAGCAGUAUCGGGCCGACCGUGCGGCGGCCGCGCGUGGCGGGCGGCCUGAGCACGAGCUUCAAGGAGAACACGGCGAGCCCCGGCGCGGUGCCGGCGUCGCGCAGCUCUAGCAGCGGCAGCAGCAUCGGGCCGGCACGGCCGCGCCAGGAGGCCAAGGAGACCCUGGGCGCGCGCCAGUCGCAGCGCGGCGUCAGCUUCAUGCGUCCCACGGCGGCCAGCGCGGCCAAGGACAGCAAGGACGAUCCGCCCGUGCGACUGCGCUCCUCCACGCGGCUGGUGAAGUAGCACGGCAGCAACAACCGGCGUGUUUCAAACACCACGUCUACAAUUGAAACAAUGAUUUCAUAUAGAAGUGCAGUGCAAAAAUAAGAGUGUUGUUUCUGGUUUGGAAGUGGUACGCAUCAAGAAAUACGCUCCGAGAUCUAUCGCAAAAUCCGUCAGUGGUGCAUACCAACCAUGUGCCAGUAUUAGUGUACUAUGUUUUUUAAUGUUAUGACUUGCUGUAUUCUUGCAUGUGUGGCAUACCAGUUAAAAUAGAGUACAGUGUUUGGAAGUACAAAAAGUUGUAAAUUUUUUAACAAUGUUAUAAAUAUUUUGAAACUUUUAUUCAGGUGGUGGUCCAUGGUUUUAACAUUUCACAUAUUUGGCUAGCCUGAAAAUGUUAACUGUUACAUCAUCAAAUAUUCUUUAUCGUAGAAAAAAGAUUUAUAUGAUUUAAAACAUAGCAUCUAUGUUGCCAUAAAGAUGAUAGAGAAGGUAACCAAGUUACCAUUUUACAAGAAUUAAUACAAAAAAAUUUAUAUUUUAAUAAACUAUACUUAUUAUAUUUUAGUGAUUUUACAGUACCCAUCUUCAUAGUUUACCUUAGCAAAUCAGUGUUUGUAUUUAUUGUAAAAGCACUGAUCCAUCAUCGCAUUUACAGACCAAAAUUCACACUGUAAUUAUGUACUUACAAUUUUUUUUAAUUUUGUAAAAAAAAAUCUAUUUUAACAUUUAAUUAUUUUUUAUAACAAUUUGUAAUGUUUUUAUUUUUGAAGAUGUAUUAUUUUUUAAGAUAUUUGUUUAUACAAUUUACAAAUGUUAACAAGACUAAAAUGUAAUGUAGGUACACUUACAUCUUCCUGCAAGACAAACCUAUUCAUGAAGACAUGGCAUUGGAUUCUGGAAGACUUGCCAAAGUACGCUGUUAUGUUGGUUUGAUGUAACAUUGUCUAGUCAUCUUCAUCUUGGAGAGUUACAUUUUCUCUGUCUCCAUGCCAAUGUAAAUGUGUUUAGCUUUACUAGUUCAUUUCUUUGCCAAUCUCAUGUGCACAUCACUUCUUAAACUGUUAACGUUAAUUUACAGUUUGGUUUUCACCAUAGCAUAGGUUGUCAUCUUAGUGUCAGAAAUACUUGGCAAGUUUUCUUGAAUAUAAAUUUGAUAUAAAUGCUAACAAAAUGUAUGUAACUGCUAAGUGCAUGUUGCAAAUGCUGGAGAAAGAAUGUAAGGGUAGUGAUACUUUCCUCUCUCUCAUGCAGAUCAGUAAUAAGUCGGUUUUUUUACAAAUAAAUCAUUGUGAAUUUCACUAAAGAAUGCAUUUCCUGCUUCAGUUUAAUAAAAGUAGAAAACAAGGAUCAAACAAAAAUCAUCAAACAAACAUUUAACAUUGGGUUUGUUGCAGACGGAAAUAAUAUAAUUUUAACGCUCCAUGUAGAGCUGAAUAUUUUAAAUAUAUUUGGAUUUUAGAUAUUAUUCUAAUAAAACUGAUUUUUAAAACAAUUCAAAAAAUAUAUUAUACAAGUUAAAAAAAAAAAUUAAUCUUGACACUUUCAAAACUUAAUGUAUUUGAAAAACAUUUGAGUUCCCGUUUGUGGCUGUUUUUGCUUUUGAAACACAGGGUUUUUAACUUCUAAUGUUAAAUUAUAAACACUUACGAAUGCCAGUGGGUUGGUAGCAGAAUGCCCGAUGCAACACACCCAGUGCUUCAGCUCAGUGGAAAAGGCUGUAGCCACACAGACUUAGUUAACGCUACUGCGAUCAGGUCACCUUGCAUCAGCAUCCGUAAGCUGCAUGAGGAGAGAGAGGAAACGUGGAAGAACUGUGUACAGCAAACAGAAGGUAGAUUUAGAAAGUUUUAUGUACAGCUAUUUGAUUGUGAAUUGUAUGCCGGGCAUUUUAUAAAUUGUCUGUAGUUGCAGAUAAAAUACAGUUUUUAUACCUUUAUGAAUUUUCAAGAUAAAGUGAUGCAUUUUUCUGUAAUAAA